AUCAUCCAAAGUUCCUUUCUUUACCGUUUAAAGGAUAACAAAACACGCGCACACAAUUAUGAAACCCUAACCCUAACGUCAAUUCAUCGCUCAAAGUUCUAUCAAUGGACUCGUUAAAUCAAAACGACGAAGAUUGUUUUUUCGACGCCCUUGAAGAAUUCCCAAUUUAUGAUUGCAAUGUUAGAGACCAAUCAAGUCAAUCCACGUCAGAUUCCACUCUCUGUGACCCCUCACCGGAAGUUUCAUCUACGUCCACCACCACUCUUCGUCGCCGCCGUGGAAUCUCCUGCACCACCGGAUUGAAAGAUUCCCGUCCGGAAUCGUCGUGUAUCAGCUCAGACAUUACUCACACUAAUGACUCCAGAACACGAUAUAAUAGUAAAGAGAAAAAAAGGCACCCACUUUCUCGUGAUCUGAAAGAAAAUGAAAAAAAUUUAGACACAUCUGAGUCAACUCGGCGGAAUCGUGAGCGAGUUGACUCAGUUAAAGUUGACAAUGACAAGCAGAUUGAAGCCCGAGUUGGUGAUUCGAUAACGGGUGAUGCAAAUUUGCUUGAAUCUUUAGCUGUUUUGGUGAUCAAGGCAAUUGGGCUUCAAUUUAAUUUAUUUGUUAAUUUUAUUACUUUUCCUAUAUGGGGUUUAUAUUGUUUCUAUAUGUUUGUUAUUGAUCCAUUUGUAGUUAUGAGGCGUUCUAGGGGGUUUUUAAUCCAGAAGUUGGUUUACUUAUGGAAUUUGAUUAGUGGGUUCUUUAGUCCAUUGAUAAUUGAUUGGUUAAAGGAGCAAAAGUCGAUGUGGAAACUAUUGUUGAGAUUUGGUUGUGGAAUGUUCUGGUCUUGUUAUGUUUGUGUCAUUUUGUGUGGAUUGUUGGUUUCUUCUAUUGUGGUUAGUGGGUUUUUUAUGAGAUAUUUGGUGGAGAAUCCAGUAGAGAUAAAGGAUCAAUUGGAUUUUGAUUAUACACAGAAUAGUCCUGCUGCAUUUGUGCCUAUAAUGUCUUGUGGUGGUAUUGCUUGUGGUGUAAACUGUGAAGAGCAGAGUUUGGGACCGCGGAUUAUACCUCCUAAUCAUAAGUUGCAAGCAAAUAUUAUAUUAACGUUGCCAGAAUCUGGAUAUAACAGAAAUCUUGGGAUUUUUCAGGUCCGGAUAGACUUCCUGGCUGCUGAUGGCAAAGUUCUUUCCAGCAAAAGACAACCUUGCAUGUUAAAAUUCAUAAGUGGACCUAUUCGUGUCCUAUUGACUUUCUUUAAGGUUGCUCCUCUGGUCACUGGCUACAUGUCUGAAUCUCAAACUCUAAAGGUGAAGAUCCAAGGUUUUACAGAAAUGGACAUGCCUACUUCCUGCCUAAAAGUGAUAAUUGAGCAACGAGCUGAAUAUCGUCCUGGAGCUGGCAUCCCAGAAAUAUAUGAUGCAUCCCUUAUUCUUGAGUCUGAGCUUCCUGUGUUCAAAAGGCUUAUAUGGUGUUGGAAGAAAACCCUGUUUUUAUGGAUCAUCAUGGUGUUAUUUACAAUACAGUUAUUGUUUACCCUAAUCUGUUGUAGACCUGUAAUUAUUCCAAGAACAAGGUCAAGAAAUGUUCCUGCUGGCAGCAACUCACUGCCAGCAAUUUCACAAAGUUAAGUUGAUGUAUAGGUUCCUGUGCACCUGAUGAUAAUGAUGGAAGUAGAUUGAAUCUGCAAAUGCUCUAAUCCAUCCUUUGUACCACAUUCAUUCAUGUUUGGUAGGUCAUUUUAAUUGCCUCCUUUAA